ACAAAGGUGUCAAUAAAAUUCCCUAUGGGAUACCCUUAAAUACCAGAUAUCUUUUCCUCAUGAACAACAAAAUAAGCUUUAUUCAAUUGGACUUAUUGAGUGAAUACAUUUCUUUGGAGUUUCUUGUCUUAAACAACAAUAAUUUGACAGAUGGUGCAGUUGAAGGGGCUUUUGAGGGUAUGCAGACCCUUACUCGUCUAUACAUGGAUGAAAACUACCUCUCCAGCAUCCCUGCAGAUUUGCCUCCAACAUUACAGGAGCUUAGACUAAAUAACAACAAUAUUACACAUAUGUCUAAGCUGGCCUUUGCUCAGUGUGUGGGUUUAAAAUCAAUAAGUUUGAACAAUAACAGCAUAACAGAUGAAUCAGUUGUAGAAGGCCCUUUUAAGGACUUGAAACACUUACAGAUAAUGCAUAUAAACUAUAACUUUUUAGAAACAGUGCCUUCAAAUAUCACCAUGAGUCUCAAAGAAUUGCAUUUAAAAGGGAAUCGCAUAACAUCCAUACCAGAUGAUGUCUUUGACACCACAGCUGAGCUACAAGUUUUGAAUCUCAGCCACAAUAAGAUAAUUAAUGAAAAAAUCAGGAAAAAAGCAUUUUAUUACAUGAUCAAACUUGAGCAUAUCAACCUGGGAUACAAUAACUUAUCCUCUGUUCCAAAGCGCUUACCACAGUCUCUGAAGACAAUGCUUUUUGAAGGCAACAGCAUCAUGUAUAUUAAGAAAGGUUCAAUAAGACAUCUCAUAAACCUGGAACAAGUAAAUUUUUCAAACAAUAAAAUAACUGCAGUAGCUGCCAGUGCAUUUAAAGGUUUAUCAAGUCUGCGACACCUAGACAUCAGCAACAAUCAGCUUACUGAAGUACCUCGUCAGCUACCCUUGACACUACAAACUGCCUUUCUGUAUAAUAAUCAUAUUGACUCUGUACCUCGAGAUUCUUUUUGUCGCAAGCAGAGAACUGAAAGUCAUCUGAUUCUCGUACGAUUAGAAGGAAAUAAAAUUAGCAAUUCUAAUAUAGAUGUAACUUCACUAAGGUGCCUUAGAGGUUAUCAGGUUGCCUAUUUUUAUUGAAAAGCCACUGACAUUUUUACCACUUUUAGU